AAUAUUUUUACAUACUAUUAAAAUGAAGUUAUAAUUCCACUAAUUGCUGGCUGAAUAUGUUUUUAUAAUCUCAUUGAAAAAAUACCAUAAAUUCUAAUUGAAGCGUUUAGUUGACUAAGAUUUUUGCCCAUGUGGGGAUCCAAUACAUUCUCUGGUGAGAGAUUGGAUCCAAUACUGAAUACAAUCAUAAUGCAGGCAGUUUGGAACAAUCGUCUCUUGAAACCUCCACCAACAAUAUCUCUUUCUACCCCUUUGAAAGAGAGAGGUAAAGUGACAUUGGUAUUAAAUGUCUUGAAGGAGAUGCAAAAUGUGAAGGACAAGCAGAGUGCCCUAAACAUCGAGGAGUUUGCACUGUGUCGUAUUAUUUACAAACUGAAUUCUCAGUUACGCAGUGAAAAAACUCUUCAGUUUUUAAAGAGGAUAAAGGUGUGUUUAACAAAGUUAGCUGGGAUGAAAAUAGAAAAGGCUGUGGAUGAUAUAUUGCACAUUUUACAACAGAGCAAUCUGAUGGCCAGAAACACGUAUCUUCCUUCACAACAAAUGAUGGAGCACCUACUGGUUAAAUUGAUGGGAGUCAGAAACUUGUACAGACAAACAAUAAACUACUGUUUCACAGCUUACGUUCAUCUGAAACAACAGCUGACCAUUGGAACACUGGUACCACAAAAUUUAGCUUUGAUGGCCCUGGUUAGCAGACUUUGGGUACUGACAAGAACCUGUUUCUACAGCUGUACACACUGGUAUGAAGAACUCCGCCCCUGUCUAGGGUUAUUCCUACCUAUUGAACACCCAUGGUUACCAGAUGAUGUUGUUCUACCCAACACUAUUGCUGAAUCAGAUGAUGAUCCAGAACCAUUAGACAUUAACCAAAGUAGUGCAUAUCAUGCAAAGUAUUUUCUGGAAAGAGAAGGACCCAAAAAGAAAAUUGAUUUUCUUUCUCAAAGAGACACUGUUGGGGAGGAUAGUGAAGAUGAAUCAGAAGAUGGAGAGAAUCUCCAUCAUUCUGUCUCGCACAAAGCUGGUCAAAAAACACUUCCAGUGUCAAUAGUUGACAGAAAUAAUGUAGCGAGAUCAAAAAAAGUCCCAAGUAGAGGUGACGAAAAGUGUAUAUCCAAGGCACAAGGUACAGCCUCCCACACAUCACAGUCCAGUGAAGACGAAGGUGAGCCUGUUUUAAGAACUUGGCAGACGAGUAACAUUGUGUCACACCCACCAGACUCAAGUGAAGAUGAAGGUGAGCCUGUUUUAAGAACUCGGCAGACGAGUAGCGUUGUGUCACACCCACCAGACUCGAGUGAAGACGAAGGUGAGCCUGUUUUAAGAACUUGGCAGACGAGUAACAUUGUGUCACACCCACCAGACUCAAGUGAAGAUGAAGGUGAGCCUGUUUUAAGAACUCGGCAGACGAGUAGCGUUGUGUCACACCCACCAGACUCGAGUGAAGACGAAGGUGAGCCUGUUUUAAGAACUCGGCAGACGAGUAGUUUUGUGUCACACCCACCAGACUCGAGUGAAGACGAAGGUGAGCCUGUUUUAAGAACUCGGCAAACGAGUAGCGUUGUGUCACACCCACCAGACUCGAGUGAAGACGAAGGUGAGCUUGUUUUAAGAACUAGGCAAACGAGUAGCGUUGUGUCACACCCACCAGACUCAAGUGAAGACGAAAGUGAGCCUGUUUUAAGAACUCGGCAGAUAAAUAAAGCUGUUUCACAAAGCCCAAAACAAUCAAAAGAAUUUGCAGAAGUUUCUGUUGGUAAAACACAACAAAUUGUUAAAAAUAAAACAGAACUUGUGGCAUGUGGUCCUCUUUGUGUUAGAAAGCCAAAAAUCACAAGACAUCGUGAUGUGUCCAGUCACGUGGAAACUGAGAGUAGAUGUGUUUCUCAUGCUUAUCUUCAUGCCAAAAUCAUCAAAAAAAGUUCAGUUCAAGAACUUAUUCAGAUGCUUAAUGAUGUGCAUCUUACAAAUCAAGAUGAAAGGCAACUAGUCAAGUCUUGCAUCGAGACUUUAGAGAAAAUAAGAAAUGAAUGUCGAAGGAACGUUCAUCCUCUCACGCAGAACAAGAAAGCAAGAAAAGCAAGGAAACUUGUGAUGCGAAUGAAUUCAGAACUUGCUCAGCUCAGAGCUGUUCAAUGUGAACAAAAGAAAAAGAAAAUGCGAGUCAAAGAGCAAUGGAAAAUAACCACACCCUUAAGAGUAAUGGAUGGAAAGAGUUAUGAAGACCCAAAACCAAGAAAGAAAAGAAAACGAGAGCAACAGAAUACUACCACGCAAUCAAUGGUAACGGAUGUAGACCCAAAACCAGGAAAGAAAAGAAAACGAGAUAAUCAAGUAGGAAUAAGUGACGAGAAGAAAAAAUGUAAGGGAAGGAAGUCGGAAACACCUGCUCAAAUAUCAGAUGGAUUCCAAGCUGCCUCAAAGGAAAGUCAAUGCAAGUUUUUAAAAAUGGUAAAGCAAUGGCAGAAAUGUGUGAAAGAAUCUUCUACAUGGACCUCAGGAGGAGUGAAACACAAGCUAAACAACACAGCUAAGAAAAAAACAUUCUUGAAGAAGUUAAAAGCUGUUAAGCAGAAAUAUUUGAAUGAAGAAUUGACAGAGGAAGAAUGUAUCAAAGCAAUUGAUUCCUAUCUAAUUUCAGUUUGAGGAGAUCUUCUAAAUCAAGCGAAGCAGUUUGGUAUUAAACAGAAUUUAGUUACUUUAUACUUUGUUAAGAAUAUAGUCUUGCAUAUCUGUCAUGUUUGAGGAUUUUUUAUGAUCAAUUUGAUUUGAAUGGGUUUACAGUGAGUACAUGUAUGUAGACUAUUUUUAGAAAGCCUCAGUCUGUUGCCAAGGAUAUCUCAGUAAAUGGAACAAUGUGGAUUUCCAUACACUGGAUUCCAAAACUACACAAAAACCUUUACAAAGAUACACUGCAGGAUCCAGUAAACAUUCCACCAAGUCCCCAUCUUUACUUCUCACGAAAACAUUAAAUGCUGUGAAGGAGAAACUUCAUACACAUUGUGCCAUGCAAAAAGUGGUGUAAAUCAGAAAAUUAAAGAACUAUUUUAGUAUUAAAUUUGAAAUGACAAAUCUUUCCUCAAAUGAACAGCAUCAAAAUAUACUUAGACGGGACGUAUUAUGUUAUGGCGAUGCCCUUGUGUCUGUCUGUCAGAGUUCAUGUUUUCUAUACUUUUUUCCAUAACGGAUGCAUGUACAGCUUUGAAAUUUGAUCACAAUUUCUCCAUCGAGAAGCGUAAGAAUGAGUUUGUAUUUCAGCUGGAUUGGUGCACCUUGACCUACUUUAGGCUAUAAGUAGGUAACAGUUUUUCCGGACUUUUUUUUCAUUACGGAUACAGAUAUUGCCCUGAAAUUUAGUCAUAAGCUUUCUCUCAGAGGAAUACAAUUUUGCAUUUUAGCUGGAUUGGUACACCAUGUCCUACUUUAGGGGUAGGUCAAACAGUUUUCCAUGUUUUUGUUGUUGUGGAUACAGGUAUUGCCCUGAAAUUUUGUCACAACCUCCCUCUCAAAAAAAAUACAUUUUGAUCACAUUAAGGCUAAAACUAGGUCACAUAGUUUCCUGGACUUUUUCUCAUCAUAGGUACAGAUAUUGCACUGACAUUUUGUCGCAACCUCCCUCUCAGAGAAAUACAUAAUCAGUUCACAUGUGAAACGGAUUGCUGCACCAUGACCUACUUUAAAGCUUUUCUAUUCAGAAUGUGUGUUGUAUCAAUUCACAGUGCAUGUAAUGCUUCCAGGUUGAAUUUCACUGUCCAACGGGUGCAUAGUGUACCAUUUGUGGUACUCUUAUUGACAUCAUAGAUGACUUGUUUCUUCAAUGAAAAUGGAACCCAGAAAUAUUCAUUUCUUAUGUAUAGUCAUCCAAAAAUUACUUCCUCAUUGACAAUAUCUAAGUAGUUUAUGGUGAUCAGGUCUUCCAACAGUCCAUUAGAAUUUCCAUGGGCACCAACUGUGCUCCAUUAUUAGCUGACUUGCUUAUAUAUUUUUAUGAGGCAGAAUUUAUUCAAAAGCUUCUACAUGACCAGAAAAAAAUCUUUUGCUGUGGCCUUCUGAUCGACAUUAAAAUAUAUCUUUUAUAUAUUAAUAAUAGACAUUGUCAUUUAUAGGCUGAUUUGAUAUAUCCCAGUGAACUUGAAAUAAAAGAUACCAGAGUUA